AGUGGAAAUUUGCAAUUUCGGGUCAUUUGUAUAACUGUAAGUUUCAAAGAAAUUUCUCUCCCCAAACGUACAUAAUUUUUGUUAAAGACGUUUGUUCUAGAAUGGCUGAGUUGAUCAGCCCCUUCCUUGUAAUAUCUGUGAUGUCUUACGUUAGUGGGGCGAGUAUAAGCCAAGUUGCAUCUUCGUCUACUUUCUUAAAUCAAGAACAUCCCGUGGAAUCUCACACAGUUCCGGAUUUAGCUAUAGGUCUGUGGAGUGAGGUACAUAGUAGUGUUAAUAUGGCAUGGGAGAAAUUAAAGGCAGCAACAGGGAUGCAAGAUAAGGAGAUAGCAAACAACAUAGACCAGGGCUUCAAAAUGGCACAAUCCGCUGAAACUAUUCCUGCCCCCCACCAUGUGGAGGAUAAACCAGUGUCAAAUCAAACUAAUCACUUACAUACAAUAUCCCCCAAAACUGAUGAAUCUGAAAGUGGUGAAUGUGAAGAAUCCACUUGUUGGACUUGGAGAGUGCUGAAAAUUGUUGGUAUUGCCGUUGGUGCUGGUUUUAUCUUCAGCCUUUUCUCCCCAGUUUUAUUUUACUUCAUAAUACUUAAUAUUGGAUACCUUAUUUAUGGAAUUACAUUUCUGCUUAUGGCUGCCAGGUGCAAAGCAGAAAAAGGAAGCCAGAUUGGAGAGAAGUUAUGUACAGCAUGUCAAGAUAUAGCUGGAUCUUCUUUACAAAACUUGUUUUCGCCUUUCCCGCUUUUCCUUGCAUGGGUGGGCUCUGGCUGCCUUGUGGGUUGGCUAGUGUGGCCUUUUUACUGAGAU